UGCUCUUUAUUCCUGCUGGUGAAGAUGAGAGGGAGACAAACGAGCUGAAAGGUGAUCUGUUGCUGAGCCCCAGCCGGUCAGAUGGUGGACCUGCAUCUCAACAUCUAGCCAGGGCACCGGAGGAUUUAGCAUCACGGCUACAUCUUCAGGCAGAGGGUCUGUGGCUUUUGGGGCCUCAAGGUCAAGUGAAGCAUUUAGGACUGCGGGAGGAUCCUCAAGCAUGUCAUACAGUUUUGGAAAUGGAGGGAAAGAGGGAAAAGGAGGAGGAUUGGGUGCUGUGACAGUUUCCACAGUGAACAAAAGCAGCUACAGUUCAGGAAGAUCAGGGGAGGCUAAGAGGGGAUCAUCAUCCUCGGCAUUCACUUCCUCUGCUUCAAAGGAGCAGAAGAGCAUCACCAACAUGGCUGCAGCGCUGUCAGAGGUCUUUGAUGAAAGCUCAAGCACAAACUCGUCUCCAGAGUACAACAGGAAGGAGUAUGGCAGCUCAAGCACACCAUCAACCUCUGUCAGCAGAGGGAGGACUCAGGGCAGAGAGCGUGAGAUCAGAGUCAGGCUGCAGAGUGCUUCUCCUACGGGAAGCUGGACGGAGCUGGACGAUGUGAAGCGCCUGCUGAGAGGAAACUGCUCCACCAGCAUCAGCCCCACUCAGUCCCCUAACAGCACACUGCCCAUCCCCAGGAAGGCCAGCGUGGAAGCGAGGACCCCGUCAGAGAGCUCCGGCGCAGAUCGACACGGCAGCAUCUGGAGUGGGGGUGUGAACAGCUACACCUACAAUAGCAACCACAGCCAGCUGACCACCACCUCCACCCUUUACCAGGCAGGAGUUCAGAACAACCUGACGCCCGGCUCUCCGUCUGCAAACGGCACUCUGACUGCCAGCAGCUCCGUUCCAGUGUACGGUGUGCAGAAUAACCUGAUGGCUCCCUCGGCCCUUCCUCCCACCGGCACCAGCACACAGAUAGUUUACAGAGUGCAGAAGAAUGUGUGUGGACCGAGCACAGCCACCGUGAGACCGAGCAGCCCCGCCGGUGAAGAGGGGAACAAGCGUGAGCUUGGAGAGGAGAGCUCUCCGAUCAAGAGGGAGGCGGAGCGUUUCAUUGUGCCCAAAGACACGGGGAAGCAGUUCAUGUCUGCAGCUGCACCUGCUGCUGCGUCUGCAGCUGCACCUGCUGCUGCGCCUGAUUACGCUUCAACCCUGAAAGCUGGCACAAAAGACAAAGCUACCUAUGCAGACAUCUAUAUAAAAGAACCCGGCUUGGGCUUCUGGUCCUGCUGCAGCUGGUGGCAGUGGCUCCUGGGCCUCCUGCUCAGCCUGCUGCUCUUCAGCGUCCUCUUUGGACUCAUUGCUCUGGGUGAAGAAGUGAGACACCUGAAAGGCCGUGUGAAAGCUCUGGAAGCCAUCACCAGAUCUCCAUCGGCCAGCCCCCAUAAAUCCCCUUCCAGCAACGAGAUCGAGCAGCAACUCGUGCGGCAGCUGGUCAGGACCGAGCUGCACUCAGAAUCUGUGAGAGAAGCUCUGGCAUACUCACUGAAGGGGGAGCCAGGAGAGCCAGGACCUAAAGGUGAUCCGGGGCCACUGGGACAGAAAGGUGAUAGUGGCACUCCUGGCCUGCCAGGCCAUCCUGGGCAGAGUGGGCAUCCAGGAUUGGAUGGACCAAGGGGACCAAAGGGAAGUGCAGGAGAACCAGGUCCUGAGGGGCCACUGGGCCAGCGGGGUCGCGAGGGACCGGUGGGUCCCCGAGGAGACCCUGGCCCACCCGGCUUUGGGGAGAAAGGAGACAGAGGAUUCCAAGGUGAGCCGGGACGGCCCGGUCCUGCUGGCAAUCCUGGGCCUGCAGGUCCCAAAGGUGCCACAGGAGAGCAGGGUGCUGCAGGAAGUCCAGGUGCUCCUGGAUCAAAGGGAUUCCAGGGGGAAGCAGGACUCCCAGGAGCAAAAGGUGACCGAGGAACACCUGGGCUGCCAGGAAUCAAAGGAGAUCAUGGAGAGAGGGGACCACAUGGAUCUGCAGGUGAACCAGGACAGCUUGGACCCCAAGGCCCUGUGGGACCAAAGGGAUCUAAAGGAAGUGCAGGUGACACGGGUUCGGUAGGACUUCCUGGUGUCAGAGGAGCACCUGGAGUUCCUGGAGAUGCUGGUCCCCCAGGUCUCCCCGGGCUGCAGGGACCCCCAGGUAUGGCAGGAAUUCCAGGCCAGCCUGGUGGUAAAGGUGAACCAGGACCACCUGGUAAAGUCAUUUCUCCAGCUGGCUCUGAUACUGUGGCCAUCCCUGGACCUCCAGGACCAGCUGGAUCUCCAGGUCCUGCUGGACCCCCUGGUCUGUCUGGUCCAAUUGGGCCUGCUGGUAUUCCAGGACAACCAGGUUCUAAAGGAGAACGAGGAGAGAAAGGAGAAAGGGGGGAGAAGGGGGAGCCAGGAAAGCGUGGUGAGCCUGGUAUCGGUGCUACAGAAACAUCCAUUUCCACCAGAACCAAUGUUGGACCUCCUGGUCCGCCAGGACCUCCUGGAGUACCUGGUCCUCAGGGUCCUCCUGGUGAGUCUACAGAUGGUCCUCCAGGACCCAGAGGUCCUCCUGGAGAGCCAGCUAUUGGUAGACCUGGACCUCCAGGUGAGAAAGGAGAACCUGGGAGCUUUGUGCCAACAUCAGAAACCUUCUUUGCUGGACCACCAGGACCUCCAGGAACCCCAGGGCCAAAGGGGUCACAAGGUAACCCAGGACCACAAGGGUACCAAGGUGAACCAGGACAACCAGGCCUUCCAGGCAGCCCUGGAGACCCAGGUGUGGGUUUCCCAGGUCAUCCUGGACCGCAAGGUCCACCAGGUCCAGACGGGCCACCGGGACCUAAAGGUGAUACAGGAGCUCCAGGGAUUCCAGGAGCCUCCACAGGUAGCACAUUCAGUCAUUGCCCUCCAGGCCUACCUGGACCACCCGGUCCACCUGGAAGAGAGUGUCGUGGAUCUGGAUCAGUUGGUGUGGGCCCGUGCAUUGCAGCAUUCCUUAAGAGGGAAGGCAGAGAGUACUUCGUUGGACCUCCUGGGCCUCCCGGACCUCCGGGGACACCAGGUGCACCUGGGCCUGCAGGAGACAUGUUGGUGGACGACAUUGCCGGCCGAGUGAUUGCCUACAUUCACAGUUCAGGUAGAGGAUACGAUGGGACUCCAGGCCCUCCCGGGCCUCCCGGUCCACCUGGCACCGUCUCUGUCAAUGACAUCAUCAGCCUAUUACAGAGAGAGGAUGUAAGAAGAUACAUCGCUGGUCCUCCAGGUCCACCAGGACCUCCUGGAUAUCCAGGCUAUGGCAGCUACACCUUUAACAUGCAGGAGGUGGCUGAACGUGUCCUUAGUCUCAUGACUGAGAGGGAGGCACUUGGUGUCCCAGGACCUCCUGGACCCCCUGGACCCCCUGGCCUUCCUGGAAACUUUUUACCAGAUGGGUAUCAGGCUCUAAUGGGCCCUCAGGGACCUCCUGGUCCCCCAGGUAUCCCAGGGCCAGAAGGACCACCUGGACCACCAGGAUUUUUCAACUACAUCAGCUCAGAUAUCCAUGACUACCUGCAGAGUGUUGCCCUCAGAGGUCCUCCAGGCCCUCCUGGUCCCCCCGGACCUGAGGGGCCCCCUGGACCAGUCAGUGGCCUAGUUUCUUUUGCUGACCAUGCCAAAAGAGAUGCUCUCAAAGCUGAACUACAAGAAUAUUUCAAGUGUGAUGAUUUGAGUGCUGCCAUGUUUGGAAUUCCUGGUACACCAGGUCCUCCUGGACCCCCAGGACACAAGGGAGAACCAGGUUUGCCUGGUGACUACUCCAAUAUUGCUCUCAAAGUAACUGAUUACAUCAAAUCCCACGGUCUGCUCCAUGAUGUUAUGAGAAACUCUGAACGAGUGGUUCAAGGACCUCCCAGACCUCCAGGAAUACCCGGAGAGACCCGAUGGGUUAGUUCCCAAGAAAGUGUUGUGGAUGUGGUGGAAUACUUAAAAUCUCAUGGUGUAAUGCAGGACAUUGUGAGGGAGUACAGUCAUGUCUUCCAAGGACCUCCAGGACCACCAGGUCCCCCAGGUCAUCCAGGAUACAGCCAGUGGUUUGAUUCCCUUGGAAACAGCACAGAUCUGCUGGGAUACAUCAAAUCUGGUGGUCUUCUACGUUCCACUGAACACAUUACCCAGGGACCCCCACAGGGACCACCUGGUCCUCCAGGUCCACCAGGAUACAGCAGACUGUUUGGGGCUGACACCAAUGUCUCUGAUUUAGUGGAAUACAUAAAAACUCAUAGAGUUAUCGUAGGACCACCCGGGAGACCAGGACAGAAAGGGGACAGAGGGCUUCCAGGACUGAAAGGAGAGAAAGGUGAACGAGGCAUACCUGGAUCUGGAGUAUACAGAGACCCAAAAGGUGACAGAGGAGAAUUUGCAGUGAUGACUAAACGGAGGAGGAGGAACGCUGGUGUUUGACAGCUGAGCAGAAACCCGUGUUACGCUUGGUAAAAUGAACUGAAACACAUUUUCUACUGUAAAUGUGAUCUUUUAUUAUGAACAGUACCCACAUGUGAAAUCAGGGAUGUUGUAUUGAAUUAGCUGGUGUGUGUUCAGGUGUAUCUGCAGCCUUUUGUUUUGUGGGACUGAAUGUGUUUACCAUUUUAUUUUUAUAUCUGUGGGCAUCAGAUGGAGUAUUUUAUAUGCAAAUGUUUUUUAGAGCUUGAGUUUUAUUAUUUGGACCAAAAUCAAGAACGAAGCAGCACUGUGUUGGAGAGAAAAC